UUUUCCUCCUGCAGCAGCAGCAUGUACAGCAGCAGUGUUGGUGUGAGGAGAUGUCUGUAGAGAUGGUGGAGCUCUCCGUUAAAGCACCGGAGCCGGUCCGACCGGCCGGGAUCCUCCAACAGAACCGGGUCUUCCUGGAUUUCUUUUGGGACUUAGCCAAACCGGAUCAGGAGGUCCGACUGAAGGCGGUGAAGGACCUGAUCCAGUACCUGAAAACCAACAACAAGGCAGAUGAGUUGGAGUACACCUUUAAAAGGCUGGUAGACGGACUGGCUCACACACGAGAGGCUGCCAGACCUGGAUUCAGCCUGGCUCUGGGACAGGUCUUAAGCGCCUUUGAAGACGUCUCCCUGCAGAGUACACUAGACAGAAUCAAAGCAAAGCACAAUUUGCAGGCAGUGAAAAAGAAACUUUUCAGAAAUGCUUUGUUUGGAAACUUGUUUGGCGUCCUCGCCCUUCAGCAGUCCGGCCGCCUCUCCAAAGAGCCCCAGGUGGUGUUGGGAUGUGUGCAGCUCCUGCAGAGCCUCGGCCAACACAGACAACAUGUGAAGGACCUUCCCACUAAGACCAUGAUGGACAUCCUCAACGAGAUCCCAGAGGAGGUGUUCCAGGAGGUCCUGCUUGGCGCCCUGCAAACUGACCUGGCAUCAGCCUUCAGCACUCCAGAGCAGCUGCAGCUGCUGCUGGUCGCCCUGCAGCGUUUCCCACAAACCCUCAAACCCAAGAAACUCAAGAAGCUGCUGGGCUCGUCGACCAUAAUCAACGCCGACAACAUCCCCAAGUUGACAGAGGUGAUAAAGAUGGCGGCCCAGUCGGUGAAGAAGGAGUGUGUCCUCCCAGCGGUGGUCCUGGACCUCCUGAAGCUCUCACUGAAGGAAGACAGCUUCCAGCUCUUCUGGAAUAACGCCAUCAUCAACGGCAUGCUAAAGGAGCCGCCGGGGCCAGCUCGUUACCUGAGUUUCCGUCUGCUGGGCAGCGCCCUGCCUCUUCUGUCUGUGGCCCAGCUGAAGGAGGUGCUGUCUGGAGAGGUGAUGACGCACUACGGGGAGCACGUGGUGUCUGCUCAGACAAAGGACCGCUUCAAGCUGGCCCCAGAGAUGGAGACCUACGUGUCGGACUUCCUGCAGGGCUGUCAGGACGCCGACAGACAGCUGGCAGUGAUGGUGGGCUUCUCCUUGCUGACCAACAGGGGUUACCCGGUGGUGCCGUCGGUGUGGAGGGUGGUGCAGCACCUGCAGCCUGCAGCUCUGCAGCAGUACGUGGAGUGGCUGAAGAACAUGUUCCUGCAGCCUCAGCUGGACAAGCUGCUGGAUUUCAGCACCCGCAAGCAGAAGGACAGUCAGGAAGGAAAAGAACAGGGGGAGAACGCCACGUUCCGUCUGAGGAAGUGGAUCGUCUCUCGGCUCUCCUCGAUCAUCGACAACUACCAAGUGAAGAAGCAGGAGGAUCUCAUCAUGGAUGUGGCCAGGUUUGUGUUUUUCCACGCGUUCUUCAGUGCCAAGAAGGCCUCGGACGACAUCCCAGAGACAAAGGGGAAGCUUUCUGCCCCACUGGAUGAGAAAACCAGAGGAGUGCUUGUCAAUUCUUUCUUUGGACUCCUCCUGUCCAUGCACCACCUGCCUCUGAUUGAGGACUCGGCUGAAGGCAACCAAAAGCGUGUACAGGGCGUCACAGCCGAUGGCACCAUGUGGAUCUACCACCUGGUUCAGUACGCCAAAGUCCUGCUUAACCAACCGAAACACGUCCAGAGCAGCCAGCCCUUCAGCCCCGAGCAGAGAGAGGCCUGGGACAGCAUGCUGGAGUCAGUGGCAAACCUGAAGAAGAAAGCAAAGAAAGGCGCGACUGCAGAGAGCAGCGCCUUCCAGCAGCUCUUCCUGUUGGUCGGCAUGCACCUCUUUAAGGCCCCUGAAGAGCUGCUGGACAUCAUGAAGGACCUGCAGAGCUGCGUGGACAAGGCUCAGGAGAAGAAGGCCAAGAAGAAGAAGAAGAAACAAGCCACAGAGCAGCAGGAGGAGGAGCCCGAGUGGGUGGAGGUGAUGGUGGACAUCUUGUUGUCCCUGCUGUCGCAGCCGAGCCGACACAUCAGACAGGUCUGCAAAACGGUCUUCUCCACCAUCUGCCCUCACGUUACUGCAGCGGCCCUCACCGCCAUCUUAGAUGUCCUGGACCCAGAGAAGGAUGACGAGGAGGACGCUGCUGUGGUCGUCACCGACGACAACAAAACCCAGAAGAAGAAACCUAAUGAGGAAGAUGACGAGGACGACGAUGAGGAGAUGGAGGAGGAAUCUGAUGGAUCAGAUGAUGACUUUGAUGAGGAUGAAGGUGACGAAGCGAUGGAGGAAGAGGAGUCAGAGGAGGAGGAGUCAGGGGAAGAGGAGGAGAUGGAGCAGGGAGAGGUGGACCAAAAUUUCCGUUUGGAGCUGAUGAAGGUCCUGAAGCAGCAGAACGCUCUGGCCACAGAAGAGGAUGGCAGCAGCGAUGAAGACCUGGAUGAUGACGCCAUGAUAGAGCUGGAUAAGGGCCUGGCGGCGCUGUUCUCAGAGCAGAAGAAGAAGAACCAAGCCAAGAAGGAUGAGAAGACAAAAAUACAGAAAGAGAAGGCGCUGGUCCGAGACUAUAAGAUCAAGGUGUUGGACCUGGUGGAGGUGUUCGUGGCCCGGCAGGCUGGCAGUCCUCUUGUUCUGGGUUUGGUGGAGCCUCUGCUCACCAUCAUCGACAGAGGAAUGAGCUCCGACAGCAACCAACAGGAGCAGGACUUCCUCCGGCGAGCUGCAGACAUCUUCAGGAACCAGCUGUGCAGGUCGAAGGUUUACUGCAGGACCGUCGGGGACAGACAGGGGGAGCUCCAUGACCUGCUGGACAAACUGAUGACUAAAUCCCAGAAACUGUCCGACUCCUCAGUCUGCCUCUACUACUUCAGUGCGGCUCUGUACGUGGUGAAAGUGCUGCGAGGAACUCCACCUGCUGAGGCCAAAGACGAGCAGACAGCUGACGGAGCUGCAGCAAAUGAACUGAGGUUUAUGGGUAACGUGGAUGUAGACCGAGUCUCCGCCAUCUUCUCUGAGGCUCUGAGCUCCUUCAUGGGCAGGAGGAAGAGCCCUCUGACCGCUCAGAUGUUCACAGACUUGUUCACCAGAUUCCCCGUUUUGUGUGUGAGGCUGUUGGACCCAGCUGUGCAGCACAUCACAUCUGGGGUCAGAGUACACCAGCAGGGUCAGGCGUGUGUGUUGGUGUUGCGGGGGAUGCAGAGCAGGGAGGUUCGGCUGCUGCUGAGCGGCACUCCGUGGACGGAGCUCUGUGCGAAGGUCUCAGGUCAGCUGGUGGAGAGUCUCCAGCAGGUCGGUCAAACUGAGAGCAAAGUGGUGAAGGAGAAGGUGUUGAAAAGCCUGGAGCUCUGUCAGUUCCUGGUCAAGCACGUUCAGCAGCAGAAACUGUCAGUGGACCUGGAGCCCCUUCAGAAGGCACUGCAGUCUCUGACCGGCGUCAUUGCUUUCAAGAAGACGGGCAAGCUAGAGGACACCUACUGGGCCGUGAUGAAACACUUUGGAGUCAUGAAACCCAAAGUCGAAAAGACGAAGCCUGAAAAGGAGGAUGGCCAACGGCAAGUUCCCAAGAAGAAGAAAGGUUUUCUGCCAGAAACAAAGAAGCGUAAAAAGCGCAACAAGCCUGUUUUGGAGCCAGCAGCGGCGGCGGCGGCGGACAACUCGACCUCCAAAGACAAAGCGGGAGCAGACAAAGGACAAGCCAAAAAGAAACAUGACAAGAAAACAAAACAGAAACGACCGGCCGACGGCGCCUCGGCUUCUCAGCCCAGCCCAGCCAAGAAGAGCAAGACACAGUCUGACAGCAAGGCAGCCAAGAAGAAGAAGAAGAAACAGAAGCAGAAGAAAGAGGGAGGAGGGCAAAUGUAAAGUGGACACUAAUAUUUAAUGUUCAUUUCCUUUUUAAUGAGGCCGUGUUUUCGUCUGUUCAAUUUUUCUACUUUCCUGGUUCCCAGUUCAGUUUGGACAAAAUGAAAAUAUCAACAUUUCCAUAUCAGAUAUGAUUAAACACACUGAAAACUUAAGAUGUGUGCUAUUUGAAUUAAGAUGGAUUAUUUUUCUAAUGUGUGAAUGCUGUUAGAAAAAAUGUCUCCAACAAUAAAUUCAUUUCUCAUCCUGUAAA